AGUCAUGUUAAGUUUGUAUCAGUAUUAGCAUGUAGUAGGUGGAGCCAUAGAGAGCUACAACCCUGUAGUUGUCAUAGUAACGGCUCGUGGAACCCCAAUCUGUGAUUGGUUUACCGUAGCAAUGGUUCGGGUUGUAAUCCUCUUUCUGAUUUGUUAUUUUGACUGUCACUUUGCAAUGCUGUAAGAUGAUUGGCUAAUUUCUACAUUGGCUUUCCCUGUGAAUAAGCUGCUGAAGCUGAACACAAACGAGGAAAAAAAAGCAAGCGGAGGAGUUGUGGCAGUUUGAGGAGGAGUAGAAGGAGGAGGUAUCACGUUUUUUCACAGAGGAAAGUUGUUUAUCUCACUCAGAUGUGGCCUGGCUUUACACAGACGGCACGAAAGUGGAGAAAUGUGUGGACUUUUUAGCCGCCGCUGUGUUUUUUUAUGAUGGAGGAACCUGCGAACAGAGAGUUUGACAUGUCACUGUCAGACGGUGCCUCCGAUGACGACCUGGCUCUAACGUUACCUACAGAGGGCAGUCUGAGUGGGAGCAUCAGGAAGGGAUGUGAUCCUUUUUCCCAGACUCAGCGUAGUAAACUACAGCACAGACGAGCUCGCAUCAAUCAGCAGAUCAACAAGGAGAUGAGGAUGAGGGCAGGAGCAGAGAACCUGUUCAGAGCAACAAACAACAACAAAGUAAGAGAAACUGUGGCUCUGGAGUUGAGCUUCGUCAACUCUAACCUGCAGCUGCUGAAAGAAGAACUGGAGGAGCUCAACAGCAACAUGGAGGUCUAUCAGACCGACAGCGAUACCGUCAAUGUUCCCAUGAUCCCACUUGGCCUUAAAGAAACCAAAGAGGUGGAUUUCACUGUUUCCAUACAGGAUUUCAUCUGUGAGCACUAUGGAGAGGACAGCUCGCUUUAUGACAAGGAGAUCAAGGAGCUUAUGGAGCUCAGACAGGCCAUGCGUACACCCAGUCGUAGUCAGGCAGGUCUGGAGCUGCUGAUGGAGUACUACAACCAGCUUUUCUAUCUGGACCAGCGGUUCUUCUCCCCGAACAAGAACCUUGGAGUCCUCUUCCACUGGUACGACUCUCUGACAGGCGUCCCAUCGUGUCAGCGCGCCUUGGCCUUUGAGAAAGGUAGUGUGUUGUUCAACAUCGCUGCGCUGUACACACAGAUUGGAGCAAGACAGGACAGAUCUGAGGCUGCGGGCAUCGACCGAGCCAUAGAUGCUUUUCAGAGAGCGGCAGGUGCCUUUAAUUACCUGAAGGACAAUUUCUCCAACGCCCCCAGUCUGGACAUGAGCGCACCGUCGCUUUGCAUGCUGGUCCGGCUCAUGGUUGCUCAGGUGCAGGAGUGCAUCUUUGAGCGCGUCACUCUCACGACACGCGAUUCACACUUCACAUCUCAACUCCGGCUGGCACAGGAAGCUACACGGGUGUCGGACAUGUACCUGUUAGUGCAGCAGGCCGUGACGCAGCCGCUGAUGAAAGACUACGUGCCGUUUUCAUGGGCGUCGAUGGUCCAGGUCAAAUCGGAACAUUUCCGAGCACUGUCCCAUUACUACACUGCUGUCACUCUCUGUGAUCACCUGACAUCUACUGAUGAUGACGAAGAGAAGAAGGAGGGGGGUGAAGAGAAACAACAGCAGCAUGUGGAAGAGGCUGAGAAAGCUUUCCUUCAGUUCUAUGUCAACAGUCCUGCUGGACCCUCACUCAGCCAAGUUUUACAGGACCCUGAAAAAAGACGAAAGCUCGGUAAAGCUCACCUGCGCUGUGCAGUGAUCAGACACGAGGAGGCCAUGCGUGUUCACAGUCUGUGUAAAAUCCUGAGGAAGAUGGACAUUCUGCAGGACGUGUUGUCUCUCACACACAAGCGUUCCUUGGACAAAUACUCAGAGCUGGACCGAGAGGACGACUUUGAUGAAACUGCAGAGGCUCCAGAGAUACAGUCCGAAACUCACCAGAAACCUGACAUCACUCCACCUGAGUUUUCUACUGUCCAGGUUACAGACAUCUUCCAAAGACUGGGCCCUCUGUCUGUGUUCUGUGCACGUGCUCGCUGGGGCUCGGUGAGAGUGAUCUGUCUGCAGAGGAGAGAGGGAGGACUGGGCCUCACACUGAGAGGAGACUCCCCCGUCCUGGUGGCAGGAGUGGUGCCUGGAGGCUGUGCAGCGGAGGCAGGACUGAGGGAAGGAGACUACAUCGUAGCAGUGGACGGUCAGGACUGUAAGUGGGCCAAACACAGUGAUGUCGUUCUAAUGCUGAAGGGCGGCAGCGACCAAGGAGUGGAGCUGCGUGUGGUGACGUUACACCCACAUGACACACAGGCAGAGAGGCGCAUCUUCAUGCUCUCCCACUGCAGCGACAAGGAAAACACUCGCCAGUGUCUCCUGGGCGGCGCUAAAGGCCUUAGCUCGGCCUCGCUGAUGAACUGGAACAGAAAGAAGAAAAGAGAAGGAGGUAUUAUCACCAAAAGACUCGGAGGCACAUUCAGUUUGUCCUUUGGAAGCAUCAGAGACUCUGAGGCCAUGUACUGACAUUGGACAGUAGAGGGCGCACUCAGGGAGCAGAUGGUACCAUGGAGGCCAUGUACAGACUUACGUUUGAUAAUGAACACAAUUUAUUGUGUUGGAAAAAAACCUUAUUCCCAGUGACUGGAGACUUUUCCAUUCAAGUGAAUGGAACGUGGUUACCAGGCAGAAUUUGUUGUAGUGUUUUGAAAACUGAACCACUAUUAUGGAAAGCAAGAAGAAUGCAAGUAUUUCAUUUUUAGAUGCAGUAGUCAAAGAUCGUUGGUGGAGUUAGGGCCACGUUAAAUAUAAAUGAAUUAAUAAAAUGACGAUUCUCACAAAGUUGAGACUUUUUUCCUGUAAUGUUCCGACUUAUUCUCAUGAAUUUACGACUUUAAUUUUGUGUUUUUUUUUAUAUAUAUCUUUUUUUUAACAGUGGCCCUAAUACGCCAUCUUACAGAGACAGUGUAGGGGAAUAGAUUUUAAUUUUUCUUGUUGUAGCAGAAACUGAUUUUAAAGUGAGUCAAAGCACUGAAGGUGACAUUCCUCCUGAGUCGUUCAGGUACCCUCGGAUUUUAUUAGACUGCUCUGAGUUGGUCAUUUUGGAGAAAAACAAAACAACACUGACUUUUCCUCUUCCUGAGAAAACUUCAUUUGAUGUGAACAGAUAGAAAAGAAGGACAAAAGGUUAAUCACAAAUAAGUGUCCCUUUAAUAAUGUGAUUCAGAUUAUAAAUGGAAAUCCUAAUCCCACUGUUAAAGCAAAUCUGUAGUGGACUGCCGUCACAUUUCAGGACAAAUCGGGCCGUGUGUCUGAUGAAAUGUACAAAUAUAUGAUCCACACUUGUACAGUACUUUCUCCAGAUACUCACUAAGCACAGAGAUAAUUUUUAAAUGCACCUUUUACUUAACUUUCCAAACAAAAUAUAAAAAAUAAAUGUAAAACUGACAUGAAAACUCCUGUUGAAACUAGUUUUUAAACAGAAGAAACAAAAAGACCAACAAAAUACAUA